AACAUGAAUCAACUAUAACCUCUCUUAUCCUCUACCCCUACCCUGCAUUUCAAGCAGAGUCCUCUGUUUAGUAUUCACUACUACAAUGCCAUUAUCAUCACAAUCCUUUAAUUUCUUCCAUAUGGUUCCUAUCUUCACUUUUGUUGUACUUUCACUCACAAUAUUUGGUUCUAAUGCUCAGGGUCCACCUUCACCUGGCUACUAUCCUAGUUCCAAAAUUAGUCCUAUAUCCUUUAGUCAAGGCUUUAGAAACCUUUGGGGACCUCAACAUCAAAGAUUGGACCAAAGCUCUUUAACAAUAUGGCUUGACUCUAACUCAGGUAGUGGAUUCAAGUCACUUCAUUCUUAUAAAUCCGGAUACUUUGGUGCUGCAAUUAAGCUUCAUCCUGGCUAUACUGCUGGAGUUAUUACUUCUCUCUAUCUUUCAAAUAACCAAGACCAUCCAGGAAACCAUGAUGAAAUUGACAUUGAGUUUCUUGGAACUACACCUGGUAAGCCAUAUGUGUUACAAACAAAUGUAUAUAUGAGAGGAAGUGGAGAUGGGAACAUUAUAGGAAGAGAGAUGCAAUUUCAUCUUUGGUUUGAUCCAACUCAAGAUUUUCACAACUAUGCUAUUCUAUGGAAACCCAGUGAGAUAAUAUUUUUAGUAGAUGAUGUGCCCAUAAGAAGGUAUCCUAGGAAAAGUGAUGCCACCUACCCUACAAGACCAAUGUAUCUCUAUGGAUCAAUUUGGGAUGCAUCUUCUUGGGCAACAGAAGAUGGAAAAUAUAAAGCUGAUUAUAAAUACCAACCCUUUGUUGGAAGGUACACUAACUUCAAAUUACAAGGUUGUACCAUUCAAAGUCCUGCCUCAUGCCAAUCACCAUCUGUCUCUCCAUCUGGAUAUGGUAGUCUUAGCCCUCAACAAUAUAUGGCCAUGCAAUGGGUCCAAAGCAAGUACAUGGUGUAUAAUUAUUGUCAUGACCCUAGAAGAAACCACAAUCUUAUCCCUGAGUGUUAAGGGUAUUGCUCGAGCCUCGAGGUGUCAAAUUUCUAUUUGAAAACAAACCCUCUCUUACGCAUUUUUCAUCAGACUCUCGAUGAUUGAAAUAUAUACUGGUCUCAUAUAAAUUUCAAUAUGUAGAAAGAAGUCAGUUGAAAAAUGUGUGUUAAAGAGCGAUAUUGUUAUUAUUGAUUCUCUCUACACAUAAUAUUUUAGUUGUGAGAGUUUGUUUUAUUUAUUUUAAGGGUGGUUUUUUGUGAUGGUCCCGCUUGCAAGUGUAAAAGGAAGAGCGGUUGAACGUCCAAACCCUCCUAUGAUUGGAAUGUUUUUGUUGUAUUUGUGUGUGUUGAUGUGAUGCUAUUGUUUGGGUCCAAUAUAUUUCAUGUUGAAAUAAAUUGAUUCAGAUGCUUUUCUAAAUCUAUAUAUACGUGUGCGGGUGUGAAAAGAAAGAAAGGACAUGAUGUACUAUAUGAAAAUCCUUUUGAAAUAAAGUUUUGGAUUUUUGUUGCUUGCA